AUGACUGCGACGACACGAGGUACCCCUAAUGGCGACGAGAUGGUACCGUCCCGUGCGCGAGUCCCUCCCGUCGGUCCCUCUUUGUCCGGUGGGCAACGUAGGCCGAAUUAAUCUGUUCUCGGUUGGCAUCUGGAUUAAUUACUAAUGUGAUUUAAUCGCGACAGGAGUGUGCUGUCGCGCGCGGAGAGGGGUGAGGAGUAAAACGGAGUAAGAAAAGGCGUUUUUACAGAUCUUAAAGGCGGAGGGAGGGACUCAGGAGCGGUUAGCCAGUUAGCUGCUGGAGGUGGCAGCUCCGAGGCGGACCGCAGAACGAAGAGCUCGCUCUGCGGAGCGGCGGACGACGAGUUGAAGACACUCGUCGUUGUCGCAGCAGCUGCGCCGGCGUUACAUAAAAAGCGUGAAUUGUCUCGGGCAUCUGAAAGCGUGGCGAAGAGGAGAUCAGCAGCGGUCCGGCGACCCCUUCGGCGGACCCCCCGUGUGCGUGCCGUGCGCGGAGUGUCCCGGUGCGCCCGGCCGAGCCGCCCCAUUCCGGGGGAGGUUCCCGCUCCUCGACCCCCCCUCCUCCCCCUUUUUCUCCACACACCGAGGGUGACAUGGCACCGCUCCGACAAUCUAAUUAAUGGCUGCCGAAUCCGGGAGGCUAGCGGCGGGACAAGGUCAAGGAAAACGAGGCAAAGGUGCACAAAUGAAAAGCCCCGAGAAGAAGAAGAGGAAAUCCAGUACCCAGGGAGCCACCUUCUCCCACCUCUCUGAGUUCGCACCCCCGCCAACCCCCAUGGUGGACCACCUUGUUGCAUCCAACCCCUUUGACGAUGACUUCAGCUCAUCUUCGCGUCCCGGGGGAGGAGGCGGGGCUCCUUUUCUGCCAAGUCCAGGAGCUGGUGGUGGAGGAGGAGGUUAUGGGGGUGGAGGGAGGAUGGCUGGGGGAAUGGGGUUUAUCGGUGGUCCAGGUGGACCAGGAGGAGGGCAGCCCAAUCGCAGACCCCCUUUUGGACCUCCACCACCCAAUACUGGGCCCCAUCACCAGCUCGGGUUUGGGGGGAUCCCAGGCUUUGGGGGUGGUAGUGGAGGUGGAGGAGGAGGCGGUUUCCCUCCAGGGGGUCCUUCACAAUUCAACAUGCCCCCUAACUUCAGCCCCCCUAUGCACCCCGGCCCCGGGUUCAAUCCAAUGUUGUCUCCAGGAGGUAUGGGGGGUCCGGGAGGAGGUGGUCCUCCACACCCUCGGUUUGGAAUGCCCCCACAGCAGCCCCAGCAUGGUCAAGGGGGUGGACACCCCUUUAACAGUCCCCCGUUACCUAGUGGUGCUGGUCCUCGGGGGCCACCGCACGGCCCCCUCAAUCCCAUGGGUGGCAUGCCAGGGGGGAUCAAUCUGAUGGGUGGCAUGGGAGGUGGUGGAGGAAAUAUGGUGGGGGGGCUUCCGGGAUUACCCCCGCAAGGGCCGUUUCCGCCCUCUCAAGAUGGCCCCUACCCUGGGCCCAGCCCUCCAGGGAGUGAAGAAGGGAAGAACUUUGGUGGUGGAGGGGGGCCACAGUCUCUACCUCCUCCUCAGCAGCAGCAGCCAAACCUGAAUCCUCCCCCCCCUACCAGUGCCACUUCAGGGCCUCCGUCCUCUGGUCCUCAACCGCCGCAGCCUGGUGGAGGCUUCCCUGGUCACCCUGAUGUCCAGCCACCCAACCCCAAUACACCCAAUCAGGCCCCAUCAGCCCCGCCUCCCACCAAUCCUAAUUCCUCACCCACCGGACCCUUAAAUGGCCCUCAGCCACCCCAACAGCAAGCGGCCAAUCAGCUGCAGGGCCCUAACUCUGCCGGUGGUCCUAGCAACAACCCUGGCCAACAGCAGCAGCAGCAGCCUGUACCCCCCAACUCGGCAGCAGCCUCGACUCCCUACAGUCAGCAGAACAGCGCUCAAGGUCCUGGGUCACUGCCCAGCCAGCCGCCAGGCCCCAGCCAGUCCAGCAUGACCAACAGUAGUAACAGCAACAGCUCUGCCAACAACCCCAAUCCCCCCUCCAAUUCCACCCCCACCCCUAACACCCAGUCUCCGCUGCCACCGGGUCCUACUCCCCCGUCAGGCUCUGCCCCUGGGCCCCAGAAGUUGGGUGGGGGAAUGGUGUUCCCAUGUGGCUUCUGCCUUUCGGAAGUGCACGAUGACCAGGAGGCCAUCCUGUGCGAGGCGUCCUGUCAGCGCUGGUUCCACCGGGACUGCACCGGGCUCACGGAACCGGCGUACGGGCUGCUGACCCGCGAGAGUGCCGCAGUCUGGGCCUGUGACUUCUGCCUCAAGACCAAGGAGAUCCAGGCUGUGUACAUCCGCCAGGGCCUGGGCCAGCUGGUGGCGGCCAACGAGGGCUGACGCACAGGGAGGCCAAAGGGAGCAGGGUAGACCCUUCCUGCCUGGUGUGACUGAACCGUUUUUCUUUGCGUGUUUAAAUGGCUGUUGUCCAACACGGUCAUUCCAUUGCUUGACUGAGAGAUACACACAUCUGCAGAUUCCUAGCCCCUGGCAGCUAAGUGAUCUUCAUAACUCUUUGACCUCCUGGCUGACUGUUCCGGUGAAGCAAGGUGCUGACUUCCACCACGACUCACUGACCAGGUCGCUACCUCACCCGGUAACCGCAGUAACAACCACCACGGUGAUCGACCUAGCUACAGGAAGCCGACACAGGUUUUUCACCUCCCUGUCAAGCUCCGUUUUUUGCAAGGGGAUGGAGAUGCCCUCCUUGCUCUACUUGAUCUCCUAGACCUUCGGUGCAUCUGAAAGAGAAAAAGGAGCUGUAAAAAUGUAUAGAUAUGAACAUUUACAAAUGUUAGUUUUUUCCCAUUUCACUCAGAAGGUCUGUUGAUGAAUCCAAACUGACACUCCUUUUUUUUUUUUUCCCCUCCUCCAUAAAUCCAACAUGUUUGUACUCAUUCACUGGAUACCGGAUGGCAUUGUUAAAUGCUAAAUGCAUUGAUAAUAUGUUAGUGUAGCAAAUUUUGUUAUUGUAUCAAAUCAUAUUUGUACGGUGUUGGUACAGUUGAAUACAGUAAAAGAUCAGUGUUUGUGUGGUCUUUACUUGAGACAAAUACAGCAAAUAAUUCUGAUAAAAUGUUACAGCUAUGGUAGAAGCAUUUAACUUUUUUUUUUUUUUUUU